CCUACCUACCCCUCUAUGGUGAAAUUGUUCGACGCCUCGAGUUUCACUGCCGAACCGCUGCGCAUUCCGAAGAGGAUGAGCAUGGCGCAACUUCCUUUGCAAUAUAUUUCAACUAAGGACUGCUUGUGGGUAUGGCCACAGCUUCCACCAGAGCUUGUGGUUCACGUCGCGAGUUUUUUGCCCGCGAAUGAGAUAGCAUGUACUAUACGCCUAAUCAACAAGGCCGCAGCGGCGCAGUUCAGCAGUCCCAAGCAUAAAAUAGUGCGCUUCUCCGAGCCGAUUCCGCCUCAUGCCUUCUCGCAGCUCUGCGAUAACCCUGGCGCGCUGCGAACGUCCACAUUCAAGCAGCGGCGACAGCUGCUUUGUCUUGCGGCUCGCGGCGGCGACCUUGCCAGCCUCUCAGUGGCUUUGACAAUUACGGGUGCAGGCGAUAUUCUGUUGGCUUUCUCUGAGGCGCUGGAGGCCGCUGCUUCCGCAUGCCAGUUGGAAGCAUGUCAACUCCUGCGACAGCAGGGCUGCCCCUGGGGAUCCGCCCUCGCCGCUGCAGCAGCAUCCAAUCAGCUAACCGCUUGCAAAUGGCUGCUUGCCAACGGCUGCCCCUGGAGCGAGGAAGCCGUGUACGCAGCAGCUCGCGGCGGCCAUGUGGACAUCAUGGAUUGGCUGCUGCAGCACCGACCCCAGGGCUUCCGCCUACUGGGGCUGCUAGGGGCUGUGGCCGAGGGCUGCGACCUGCAGACACUGCUCCGGAUGCACUCUCUCUGUCAGCAGGCCGACCUAGGCGACUUUCCCUCCAGCCGCACGCUCUCCGCUGCCGCAAGCAGCCGCACGCCUGACUGGCAGGCCAAGGUGGCCUGGGUGGAGGCGCAAGGGGUAGGCAAGGACGCCACCGCCUGCGUCAAGGCCGCGGCCUGUCCGGAUGCAGUGCAGCGCCUGGGCUGGCUGCGACAGCGGGGCUACUCGGCGGCAUGCAGCAUGCUGGCCUGUGAAGCGGCGCGCCGCGGCAACAUCGACCUCCUGGAGGAUCUGCUACUGCUGCAGCAGCAGGAUGUGCGACGGUGGUUCCGCUUACAUGGCGAUCCCGAAGAUUCCGACGACGAGCCCGACCCCUUUGAGCAUGAUGCUACACGGUUUAACUUGCCAGCUUGUGAAAUGUCGUACACAGCCAGUGUGGCGGCUGCGGAGGGGCACCUGCGUGUGCUGCAGUGGCUGUACGAACACGGUUGCUGUCGCCGCAUGAGGGCCAGGGAGCUGUGCACCGUGCUGUGCGAGGCGGCCCGGGGCGGACAUCUGCAUGUGGUGGCAUGGCUGGUGGAGGUCCUGGGGGAGGAGCAGCUGGCCAAGAUGAGGCCGCCGGACUGGGCCGCCGUGUGCAGCCAGGCAGCCAGUUCGGGCGGGCUGGAGCUGCUGCGGUGGCUGCAGCAGCACCGCGGGUGCCGUCUGGGGGAUGAGGGGUGCUUUGUGGGUGCGGUGGAGGCGGGGUGCGAGGAGGUGCUGGAGUGGUUGGUGCAGCUGGGCUGCCCCUUGCCGGCCAACGGCGCAGUCUACGUUACUGCCGCCCGCGCCGCCGACCUGGCCACCCUGCGCUGCCUGCGGCGGCUGGACUGCCCCUGGGACCCCGCCGGCGCCACCCACGCCGACUGCGUUCGCGCGGGGUGCCUCCCUGCUGUGCUGCGCUGGCUGGCUGAGGAGGGCUGCCCGGUGGCCUACUGGGGCCAUAGACCGGCCGGGCAGCAGGAGGAGGAGGAGGAGCAGGAGCAGGCGGCCGAUGCGGGGCAGCAGCAGCUGGCGAGGAGGCGGCGGCAGCAGCAGCGGGAGGUGGUGCUGGUUUCGGAGGAGGAGUGGCGGCAGCAGCAGCAGCAGAGGCAGGGCGGUGCUGCAGGAGCGGUACUGAGCGGGUCCUGCAACCUAGAUCUGAUGGUUGCUGCUCCUGGCUCUCCUGCUGCUGCUCUCGCUGGUAUUGGAGAGGAGGCGCGGAGGUUCAGCGGCAAGUGCAGUAUGCGGCGCAGGGGGUGGCUGAGCGACUGCCUGCGGAGACUGGCGGAUGCCGUGGGCAGGAGGCAGGUGUAGGGCGGAUGAAUGGGGGCUGUGGCGGAGGAUGAUUGGGGGCAACUGUUGGCGUGCGUGUUGCUUUGUUUGCUGCUAAGGCCACAAGAGAGAAGGGGUCCGCUUGUUUCUGCCGGUGUGGUCAACAGGCGUAUGUUGGUGGCUGUGGAGGGGUGGAAAGAAGCAAACUUGGUUCUCAUCCUCUUGAUGACACAGCGGCGUUUCAACUGACGCGUCAGCAGCUGCUGUACGUACAAUCGUACAGCACAAGCAUGCAA